AUGGGGAAUACGGAUACGGACAUUAUUACUACAGCAGACCCUCCGGAGAGCAAGUCUCUGUUAGAGAAAUACAAGAUACCGGUUGAAAACCUUUCCUAUGAAUAUAUUUCCGAAUGCAAGAAACCCAAAGAAUUGGAGCGCAUUGUUCUUAUACUUCGUUCUGGUCAGGAAGGAUAUUAUCCUGAUUUAACGAGACAUGCCGAGGAACGCCUAGCCAUUCUUAAACCUGAUAGUACAAUUUUGCGAGUGGCUUGUCCAGCUCUUACUCGAAUAACGUUAGAUUCAGAAGUGCGUCAAAAACUGGAAAAAGACAUUGACAACUGGACCAGCGAGAUGAGAAAUCGCGAAAAGGAUCUCGAGGAAGGGAAGUCACUGCAAGCUCAGGAACUUCCUUAUCCUGAGAUUAGACACGUCAAGGAAGCAACUAAAUCGUCACAAACAAGAAUAAAACAAGAUAAACGCAUAGCUUCGUGCGAUUACGCUGCUUGGGAUAUGUACGAUGCCGACACGGAAAUUAACCGGAUAGAUUUAAAGGAAGAGCAAAAACGAGCAGAAUUGAAAAGGAUCCAACAAAAGCAAAGAGACGAGGAAGAGAAACAUAAAAAGUUGAGCAAAGAGGCUGUGAUAAAUAAAGUGGCUUUGACAGGAACGGAGUUAACUGUCAUGGCGGAACAGGAAAGGGAAAAAGGAAAUGAGGCUUUCAGAUCUGGUGAUUACAAGGAAGCACUUCAGCUUUACAAUUCAUGCAUCGUUAUGGAUCCAAGUCCGAAUGCAUAUAAUAACCGCGCGAUUACAUAUAUUAAAUUAAAGAGUUACGAAAAGGCAGUAGAAGACUGUAAUCGAGUUUUGAGCAUAGAGUACACAAAUAUUAAGGCCCUUCUUCGUCGAGGACUUUGUAUGGAAUAUCUUCGGAAAGAAAAACAGGCAUUGGCGGAUUAUGAAGCAGUUUUAAAAUUGGAGUCAUGCAAUCAAACGGCAAUAAAAGCAAUAAGCAAACUAAGAGAACCCUGCGAAUCGAAGAAAAUAAGGAUGAAAAUCAAUGAACUCGUUGAGGAGAAGGAUCCUACAGAAGAUAAAAACAAGGAUGAAGGGUGUCAACAUAGUAACGCUAAAAACAGCGGGGAAAUUCCUUAUCCAUCGACUAAAUUAAUAAACAAUAUGAAAACUACACCUGACAACAAAUCCGCAGAUAAAACGAAUGAAGUUUCAGUGCACUCUUAUAAUUUAACAAGUGCUGGCUUCUAUGCAAAUGACGAAAAAGUAUCUAAGUUAUGUUUCUGCGACAGAGCACCUGGAUCUUCCCAAAAUACAAAACCUCUACCUCAUUUUAAAAAUAACUAUUGUGUCACGUCAAUGUCGGAUACUAUCCUGAAUAAAGGAAUUAUACCGAGUGCAACAAGAGAGGCACUAUCUACUCAUUGUAUCGGGGUCUCAUCGGUCACUAAACAAUCAGGAGUAACAAUUGAAGAAAUACCUAGUGAACCUUGCAUCGGAACUUUGAAGACUCGAAGCAAAAAGAUCGAAAAUCCAGAAACGGAUGAAAGAAAAAAUGUAAAGGGUCAGUUCGUUCGGAAUGAAGCAAUCAAAAUAAAAAAGGGGGAAGGUGACGAAAAAGGAGCUCAAGACAUCCACGAUAAAAAAGACAAAGUUCUGUCAGAACGUCGAGUAAACAAAGAUGAAACAAAUUUUUUCAUGAAACCCAAUUCAAAUGACACGUUUAUACCGAGGAAAAUUGAGGUAGCUAGUAAAUACGAGAAACCUGUGAGUAAAGCUGAGAAAGGAGUAAUCACGGGGAUCGAUAAUGUAGAAUCGCCGUAUGAAUUCAUUCGUACAUGGCAAGCUUUAAAAAAUAAUUCGGAUUUGUCGCUACAUGCUCAAGUUCUUCGCGCUACAGUCCCAGAAGAUCUUAACACAGUUAUAGGAAACAAAUUAGACGGAUCCAUGUUCAGCGAGAUCAUUCGCUGCGUUGAACAGCAUUUCUGUUUCCCGGAAGAUGUCCAAUUAGUUGUUAGGUUUUUAAAAUCUCUUAGUCAAUUAAGUCGUUUCUCGAUUGUAAGCAUGUUCAUGGACUCAAAUGACAAAAAAGUUCUUCAGAACACAUUUGCUUUUCUUGAAAGUCAACGAGCAACAGGAAUCUCUGUAUUACGACAAGUUUAUAAUGUUUAA